UCCGCGUGGUGAGAAGGGAGCAUCGCAUUUAAUACAGCACUCAAAGCAACACUUCAACUACAUGUUGAUCUGCAUUUACCAGACACGUGGAUUAAACAUUGAUUCAUGCUGUCUCCCUUCAGGGCCUCCUCUUUUUCAGUGUUUCAGCCACAUUUCCUCUAUUUUACAAAGGCAGUGGUGUUUCGCCUAGGACACUCUUCACAGCAGAGAAGUACCUGUGCUGAAAUAUUAAUUGGUCUUGGAUGUUUGGUGUCAUGACAACACAAUAAUGGGACUUGUUUCAACCCCGCCACUCAGUAAGCGGUUUAUCUGGAGGAGUUGACGGUGCUCAGCUGGUGUUAAAGUUCCAUUACUGCGACGAACAGGUCUGAGCUCCCGCCUGCUCUGAAGGGAAUCUGCUUCACUUCCACUCAACAAUGGCUGACAACAUCGUUCCAAGCUUUAAGGCAGCUGAUCUGGUUAUCCAGCUGUCCUCCACCCUAAAGGCCAAGCCUGAAGUCUCCACCUUCGGGACGGUCUUCACCGACCACAUGCUGACCAUAGAGUGGAGCGUGACUGAGGGCUGGCAGGCUCCGCUCAUCAAGCCCUUUGGGAACAUGUCACUCCACCCAGCGUGUUCAUCACUACACUAUGGCGUACAGCUAUUUGAAGGCUUGAAGGCCUAUCGUGGAGAUGACGACCGUCUACGUCUUUUCAGACCCAUGCUCAACAUGAACCGCAUGUCCAAGUCUGCAAAGAGAGCCUGUCUGCCUGCUUUUGAUCAGGCAGAGUUUCUGGAGUGUAUCAGGCGGCUGGUAGAAAUUGAUCAGUACUGGGUUCCUUACUCAGACUCUGCAGGUCUGUACAUCAGACCAACCUUUAUUAGCACUGAGCCCUCUCUGGGUGUGAAGAAGCCAGGCCAUGCCUUGCUGUAUGUGAUCUUGUGUCAAGCGGGGUCUUAUUUCAACAAUGAGGCAGAGGCUUUGUCCUUGUGGGCUGAUCCAAAGUUCACACGGGCAUGGAAAGGAGGUACUGGAGACUGCAAGAUGGGAGGGAAUUACGGAUGUUCCUUGUUGGCCCAGUAUGAAGCAGUGGAUUAUGGGUGUCAGCAGGUGCUGUGGCUGUAUGGAGACGACCACCAGAUCACUGAGGCAGGGACCAUGAACAUCUUCCUCCACUGGAUCAAUGAGGAUGGAGAGGAGGAACUUGCAACUCCACCUCUGGAUGGUACCAUACUACCAGGUGUAACCCGACAGAGCAUCCUGGAACUAACCAGUGAAUGGGGUGACUUCAAGGUGACCGAGCGCUACCUGACCAUGAGUCAGCUGUGCACUGCUCUGAAGCAGCAGCGGGUUAGAGAGAUGUUUGGGUCUGGCACAGCCUGCAUGAUCUGCCCCAUAGGACACAUCGUCUACCAGGGAAUGAGCUUGAAUAUCCCCUGUCAGGAGAAAGACACACAGCUGACUUCACGGAUAUCAAAAGAACUCUCAGAUAUACAGUUUGGACGCACGCCCAGCGACUGGGCCUUCCUCGUUUAGCAGUGAUGAAGAGGCCUGGAACACAUGAGCAGGACGAGUGUGUGUACAAGAAGGUCAAAGUAAUGCAACAACCAAAGAGAUGACGCACAUUUAUAAGAAAACAAUGCAUGUGCAAUAUUUGUAGUCUAACUGCAAUAUGCUGCAAAACUACUCUGGCAUUGGUGUCACAACACUUUAGCUCCUGUUAAACUUAGACUAAUAAUGAUCACACAACUGUCCAGAAUAAUUAACAUAAGUAGGCUAAUGUCUCACGCAAUACUUCACAAUAACUUACAGUAGCAGAGCCACCAUGGCUUACUCUGCUGCUACUUAUCUCUGUUUUAAACAACAUCCAGGAUACAGCUGUGGCUUUGAUAGAACAUGAACUCUAACAUGUGUAUGAGUUUCAGAGAAGUGUAACACUUGUGUUA